AUGUUCUGGCGGGGUGUGAAGGACGACGCUCACUACGUAUGGGGCGAGUACAUACCCCAACAAGCGGUCAAGCACCCUUUUCUGAUGCACGGAAUCCUCGCCGCUACCGCAAUGCAUAUGUCACAUCAACAAGGUCAUAGGGCAGCACACUAUCUCCGACUGAGCGACAAGCACCAGACCGUCGCUCUGGGUGUUUACAGAUCAGUCCUGGCAACCGACAUCAACUCUGAAAACGCCGAUGCUCUCUUCGCUCUCGCCUCGCUUAUAUCUGUCUCCGCGAUGGCCAGAGCAUGUAUAGAGGCUGAAGCAGCAGACCCUCCGGGCACCAUGAACAUGGAGAGUGUUACUGAGUUCUUCUUCCUCACCCGCGGCGUCCGCGACGUCAUCUCAGUAACCCACGAGCACAUCCAACGCGGUCCCAUGGUCGCCCUCUUCGACAUCCAACGCAUGCCCGAAGGUGUCAAAGUCACUCUUCCUCCCUCAGUCGGCGACCAAUUCGUCGCAAUCGACGAAAUGCUGCACUCAUGGGGCCUCGACCCGGACGCCCUGGCGACGUGCGAGACGGCUCUCAAGAACUUACAACAGGUCUACCAAACCAUCGUCUACUACGCACCCACCCAAAUCAUCGAAAACGCGACUGUCUGGAUCUGGCCCAUCCAGGUCCCUUCCCCGUUCGUGCGGCUGGUGCAAGCCUGCUGUCAGCCCGCCCUCGUCAUCUUCGCGCAUUUCGCGGCUAUAGCGGCGGCGGUGCGGAUGGCGUGGUACAACCAGAACUGGAGCGUGUACGCGAUUAAUGGCGUCAGCGUCGCAUUAGACGAGAGCAUGAAACACUGGGUUGACUGGCCGAGGGCGCAGGCGAAGGAUUUGAUGGCGGUGCUGGGGGUGAGGCAGCCUGGUGCUGAUCACAAGAGGGCCGGCGCUAUUUAG